AUGGGAAGCGAACGCUAUGGAUCACUCCUCGAAGCAACCAGCAAUCUUGACAGCGGAGAUUCUCUGCCCAACACAAGAAGAUCUACAGUGCUUGCUCGAGAAUCCAUGUUAGCCUCGCAGGCAGCUCGGUCAAAGCAGACCGGAGUUCCCGAGCGCCUUGAAACAGCUCCAGCAGUCGAAAAGACUGUGUGCUGGACAACAUGA